CAUAUUUGAUAUACAAUUAAAUAAAUCAUUAAAACAACAAAUAAAAAAAAUCAAACAUGAAUUCCAAAGCCUCUUGUCUCGUAUCCUUUGCUCUCUUCCUUCUCUUCUCCUCCGCCGCCGCCGCCUUCAACAUCACGAAGCUCCUCGGCCGCCACCCAAAUUUCAGCUCCUUCAAUGACUAUCUCACCCAAACUCAAAUCUCCCAACAAAUCAACAGUCGCAAUACAAUCACCGUUCUCGCCGUCGACAACAAAGCCAUCGCUAGCAUUUCUGGAAAACCCUUGGACACGAUCAAGAAGAUCCUGAGCGUCCAUGUGGUGCUUGACUACUUUGAUGUCCAGAAGCUCACCAUGCUACCCAAAAAGACCACCAUCCUCACCACCUUAUUCCAAUCCAGCGGCGCCGCCGCCAACCAAGAAGGGUUCUUGAAUGUUUCGCUUGUCAAUGAGGGUGAGAUCGCUUUUGGGUCCGCUGUGAAGGGUUCCAUUCUCACCGCCAAGCUUGUUUCGUCGGUGGCGGCUCAGCCGUAUAACAUCUCUGUGCUUCAAAUUACAGCUCCUAUAGUGCCUCCUAGUAUUGAUCAAGCGGCGUCGCCACCUAAGGCUGCUAAAUCGCCUGCCGCAGCACCCAAGAAGUCGCCGGCAACGCCUCCGACUCAAGCGCCGUCAAGCACACCGGCGGUCGAAGCUCCUACGCCAUCUCAAGAAGUGGUCGCUGAUGCCCCUGUAGUUUCGCCAUCAUCUGCACCUGUGGCUGAUGCGCCGGUGGUUGACAAUACACCAGUUGGCUCUCCGACGGCUGAUGAUGAAAUCACUCCGUCUCCAGCUCCUGCUUCAGAGCCUAAAUCGGAUUCUUCACACACCGGUGUGGCUUUCGGCAUUGCUGGUGUUGGGGUGGUGAUGGGUUUGGUGUCGUCAUUGGUGGCUUUCUAAGAUAAGUCCAUGAACGUGGAAUGAGAAAGAUAAAUUGGAACAAAGAAGAGAAUUGAAGGGGAGGGAAAUUAGUUGAAUUUGAAUUUUUCUUUUUUUAAUUUAAAAGGCUUGGAUGAAUCAUGUAUCAGAAAUUGAUGAGAAAUACGUUGUUGCAUAUGAGAUUGAAUGGAACGGAAAGCUUAGGCAAUUCAUAACCUUGUGUAGAAAAAGGAAUUAAAAUCAAAGGAGG